AUGACAGUUAUUAUGAAUCAGUUGCAAGAAAAUGGUUUCUUAGAAGAUCUCCAUAACGAUUGUCCAAUUUGUGACACAGAGCCUGAUGGUUGUACUGAAUUGAAAAGUUGUGUGAAAGAGCUAAUGAAUCAAUGGGUGAUCCAAUUCACCAAGUCAAAGAUUAUUGAAGAGGUAUAUGUCAUUGAGCCUAUUACUAUCAUCUACAUGAAUAAUAAAAUUGAAGUUCAUGCGAAGAAGAUCCAACCAAUUAAUAUAUGCGUCCCUAGACCGUUUCCCUAUCAGAGUACCAAGGUUGUGCCUUGGAGGUACUACACCACUACAUAUGUGGGAGGUAAAUUAAUAUGCUUCUCUGAAGUAGGAAUAGUCAAUAUAGCUAGAACUGGGGGCAUGACUCAUAGUGGUCGUGUCUUUGCUCAUAAGUUCACAUCAAAGAUAACAUCGCCAACAGAAUAUAUAUCACCAGAUUCUGAUUUAUAUGCGACAUUGAGCCUCGUACCGGUGGCUGGAGUUGUGGUCAUGGUUAUUGCAUUCUCUCUGGGAUUAGGAGCAAUGCCAUGGAUUAUAAUGUCUGAGAUUCUUCCGAUUAACAUCAAAGGCCUAGCUGGAAGUUUUGCAACACUUGCCAAUUUGUUCUUUUCCUGGUUGGUUACAUUAACAGCAAAUUUGCUCUUGGAUUGGAGUUCGGGAGGAACCUUCACAAUAUAUACUGCAGUGUGUGUUUUCACAACAGGAUUUGUUGCCAUUUGGGUCCCCGAGACAAAGGGAAAAACUCUUGAAGAAAUACAACAGUUUUUCAGAUGA